AACAUUUGGAUGGAAAGAAACAGAAGAGUUCAUCUACAGCUCUUUAGAAGUGAGAGUACAAUCCUUCAUGAGAUUCAGUUUGAGGUUAGAGCUAGAAUGCUGGAGUUUGCUCGCCCAAGGUCUUCAUCACUUCCUAAGGCUAUUGCAAUUCAAUGGGGACUUGAAACUAUUGUGACAGACUAGUUUCUAGGUAAUAGUAGAAUGUGUACUAACUAUUGUGUAUUUUCUUAGCCUUUUCUCUCUUGUAGCAACUCAUGUGCUGCUUUAUGUUGUAAGUAUUUCUGGAUAAAUAAAUUCACCUUUUAUCC